UGCCCUCGCGCUAGGCUUGUGCACGUUGGCGACGACUCUUCUGCAUUUCGGAGAAGAUGGCGUCGCAGAGAGGAGUACCUACAAGUAAGGUAGGCGUAACAUGAUUUUUUACUUACAGUAUCUAGGUAACGUUACAGCCUGUUGACAUUGUAGCUAUGUAGAAGUAAAUUGAUAUGCAGUUGCUUCUGAUUUUAUUUUUUACUUAUAAGUAUGGUGAUUUCACUAAUCAUCGAAAUCAUAGCAAGUUUUUAGGGCUCAAUCAGUAGUUUUGACCUGAUAAAGUGAAGUCCUGUUGAAAUUUUUUUAAAUACCAUUUAUAUUCCUAAAACAUUAAUUGAAAAUGAUACUGUUGCUGCUUCCAUGGCUUUUUGAUUUAUGGCCUAGUGUCCAAGCACCGGUUUUAGAUGUGCAAAUUAAUCAUCAAUAUGCUGAAAUAAAUUGUGAUAUUUUGAAGAGGAAUACAUAAAAGUUACUGCCUACACACACGUCUCACACUUGUGUUCAGAUUAUUUGUAUUUUGUUAAAUUAGUAGCCUACCUUCUAAACUGCACACGCAGUAAUAUUUAACUUACCAAGCGGUCACUCAAGACUGGAAUUGAUAGCGCGGGCAAAUAAAUCGGUCACAUUGAUAUUGUGUUGAAGUCAAUGGAACUGGGGCAAAACCCCUGCGACAUGUACGGUUUGCACGCUUCUAACAGACAAACUUCAAUGAACUUGGGUAUAGGCUACUACGUUUGUCUGUCAAUAGAUGACAACCUGUCGUAGCCAUGUAUCAAUUUAUAUCUCUCUUAGAACAUUAUUUCGAUAGAUGGCCAGGAACAACACGUUUUUGACUGGAUAAUUUAAACGAAUCACCACCUCAUAUAGCUUUAUAGAUAGCGACAGGGGUUGGCUUUUAUUUCAACGAUAGUUUAACCCUCAAAUCCAUGGGUUCAUGUGAGGCAAGGAACUUUUUAAGGGAGGAGCGCCCGAUUUUUUUCUAGCGACAGUGGUCUGAAAAUGACAGCUACGUUCUAAUGCCGCAUUCAAAACAACUGGGAACUCUGAACUGGGAAAUCUUCGACUUCAGUGCGUUCAAAACAACUGGGAACUCGGAGGGAAAAAAACGAGCUCCGACUGGGAAAAUUAGUUUUGAACGGUCAUCCAACUCGGAAUUCCAAGUCGGAAACACGGGCCUCUUUCUAGAGCUCCGUCUUUCCCACCUGAAGAUCACUGACAUCAUGAUUCGACCUCGUUUCUUUCUGAGUUCCCAGUUGUCCUGAAAGCACCGUUUGUCCCACUUCGGACUGGCUCAUAUGACAAAUAUAUUUUUUAAGCAAUCGAUUUUGUGAGAUCGUGAUGACUAUAAUCAUUAAUACUAACAACAUCACCAAUCUGAGGUAAAGGGGAUGUGUAUUUCCUUUAAUUCGUGUGUGGUGAAAACGUUAGUCUGUGUAAUGUAGUAACACGUUCUGUCCACUAUAGGGAAAUGAGCGUAAUACAAAUAAUAAUAUGCCAUUUAGCAGACGCUUUUAUCCAAAGCGACUUACAGUCAUGCGUGCAUACAUUUUUCGUGUAUGGGUGGUCCCGGGGAUCGAACCCACUACCUUGGCGUUACAGGCGCCGUGCUCUACCAGCUGAGCUACAGAGGACCACAUACAACAUAAUUAAAUGUUAAAUUAAUUCAAUAUUUAAAUAUAUGAUGAUAGUAAAUGUAGCACACUCACACAUUAUUUCAACAAUUACAUAUAUUUAUUACUACUUUAACCAUGGAGAGAGUAAAAAAAUGCUCUUUACACAAUUUAACCAGGCACUCUAGACUAGAGCAUCCAUAGGGUCUGUGCAGCAGGCUGAACGUUUGACGUCCCUGUUUGUAGUGGUGUAAAGUACUUAAGUAAAAAUACUUCACUUAAGUUUUUGUAUCUGUACAUUACUAUUUAUAUUUUUGACAACUUUUAUUUCACUACAUUCCUUAAGAAAAUAAUGUACUUACUUCAUACAUUUUUCCCUGACACCCAAAAGUACUCGAUACAUUUUGAAUGCUUAGCAGGACAGGAAAAUGGCCCAAUUUACACACUUAUCAAGAGAACAUCCCUGGUCAUCUACUGCAUCUGAUCUGGCAGACUCACUAAACACAAAUGCUUCAUUUGUAAAUUAUGUCUAAGUGUUGGAAUGUGCCCCUGGCUAUCUAAACAUUUAAAAAAAAACAAGAAAAUGGUGCCGCCUGGCUUGCUUAAUAUAAGGAAUUUGAAAUUAUUUAUACUUUUACGUUUACUUUUGAUACUUAGGUAUAUAUCAAUUACAUUGACUUUUGAUACUUAAGUAUAUUUAAAACCAAAUACUUUUAGAAUUUUACUCAAGUAGUAUUUUACUGAGUGACUUUCUCUUUUACUUGAGUCAUUUUAUAUUAAGGUAUCUUUACUUUUACUCAAGUAUGACAAUUGGGUACUUUUUCCACCACUGCCUGUUUGGAAUGUUGAUUGCCGUUAAUGUUAGCUAGAUUGAUAGUGCAGUGUUUUAAUUAGUAAUUUAAGAACAUUUUGCAGUAGCUUGUGGUAGUUGACCUAAAUUCAAAUCAAGUGUUUUCAGUAGUUAAUGACUUUUUUGCCAUGUAGUGGUGUAGCUAACUACUGAAACUACACACUAUUAUUUUUGCCCCGUCAGUCAUCUAGUGUAUAUAUAAAUCAUUGGUCUAGAGAUGCUUUGGAAAUCUGGGGGAUUCAAUUGUGUUAAAAUUAAAGCGCCAGAUUGGUUCCCACUAGACGGUCCAGCGGCAAAGUCAAAAUUUGAUAUAUUGUAAAAAUGUAUGAAUACAACAUUUUCCUUUUUCGUCUUAAUUCAAGGUAAAUGUUAGUAGUGUGGUUAGGUUUAAAAUCUGAUUUGAAGAAGAUAAAUUGUAGAAAUAGGUGGGAUUUACAGCUUUGCCGCUUGCCCAGAUAGUGUCAAACCUCCAGAUUGCUUGGUCUGCAAACCUCAAUGCGCAUGCAGGUGCGUCUCAGAUGGUAUGUGCACACGCAACCUGUAGACGUUUGUUGGUCACGUGUAUUGCGUGAGUCAGUAGCUUUGUUCCAGGGUGUCAGUGUGCUACCAGUCGGCGCACUAGCUCUGGUCCAGGGCAUUAUGCUAACCACUGUUGCUUGUGCAGCUAGCUAGUACACAAUACUUAGCUAGCUAGUACACAAUACUUAGCUAGCUAGUACACACUACUUAGCUAGCUAGUACACACUAGUUAGCUAGUAGGCCUACAACACUAGCUAGCUAGCUAGCUAGCUAGCUAGCUAGUACACACUAGCUAGUACCUAGCUUCUAAUUCUAAAUGUAAUUUCACCACCCAUGCGGGUUGGUGGCAGUAACACACCAUACUUUCUGGCAUCAUUAGACCUAUCUGAGCUGGUAUGUCUCACAGUCUGUGUCCUGAGAAGGUAUCUGCUGGAGCCAGACCCUAUUGCCAGAUUGCCUAAAACCAAUGACUGAGUGGACAAAGCCAUCGAUCACUUGACACCCUUCAUUCCUAUGUGAGGACUCAGACUGCAAGUGGGUUCAUCACCACCUUCAACUUUCUCCCAAUUUUUGUUUAUUAUGCACCCAUUAAAACUUUACACACAAUUACUUUUCUGUUGUACUAGCAAAUGGGUGACAAACUUUGUUCUGUUACGCUAUAACUAGACCAGAUUCAAUUGAGAUAAAUGCAUGUAGGCCAAUGAACGGGUUAAAUACAGGGGAUUCUAUUCAUCUGGCCGGGUAGGCAUAUUUUGCACCAGGUGAAAAGUGAUUGCAUUCAUUUUGGAACCAGGCUGGAGUCCAGGACAUGAGCCGGCUGCGCCGUUCUGGCUGACGGCGAAAUCAGCUCAAAACAAAAGUGACGUAGGUUAAGCACGUGGAGUAAUGAGUAGGAUUCAGUAUUUUUCACAUGCAAAAGUGAUUGUUUUUGAUAAAAACGCUUUAUCUGUUUUCCCAAUGAAAACUAGAUUGAAAAUUCAAACAUAUUUUAUGGAAAAGAGAUGUAUGUUUCUGAACGAUGGAUCAACCACCCAGCUUUGGAGUAGUUAGGUCUAUUUCCCUGCUUGAGAGGAGCUAGCUAGUAGUUCCUGGAGACUUACAGCAAUUGCGCUAAGCUAACGAUAUGCUACCUUCAACUUCAAACUACACACCGAGACAUACAAAUGGUAUCGUUGAGUUUGUCUGACUUUGGGUAAGUAGAAAAAACAGCUUAAUUGCAUAAAUCCCGAAGUAUCCCUUUAAGUAGACCUGAACUGUGACCAUUUUUUUCCAAUGGUAAACGGCCUGUGUAAGACAUCUUCAUUUAUCCACCAUCUUUGAAUGCAUUUGAAGCCAAGGAAGUCGGUAAAGAUGUCAUCUCGUGGAAACAUAGACCGCGUUCCUCUGCCCAGGUGUUGCUGACGCAUGCCAGAUCUUAACAAUGCCAGGAUAGGUAUUUUGUGUGUCAGCUAACCACAUUAUAUGUUAUAGCAAUCUGGUGCCCGACGGCACAGUCUAUGAUGUGGCACACAACCAUUGUUUGAUGCAUGCAAUGUCUAAUUGUAACCAGUGUGAAAUUCCUAGCUAGUUAGCGGUGCGCGCUAGUAGCAUUUCAAUCAGUGACGUCACUCACCCUGAGACCAUGAAGUAGUUGUUUACCCUUACUCUGCAAGGGCCACUGCUUUUGUGGAGCGAUGGGUAAUGAUGUCCUCCCGAGUGGCGCAGUGGCUGUGCCACUAGAGAUCCUGGUUCGAAUCCAGGCUCUGUCGUAGCCGGCCGCGACCGGGAGACCCAUGGGGCGGCGCACAAUUGGCCCAGCGUCGUCCAGGGUAGGGGAGGGAAUGGCUGGCAGGGAUGUAGCUCAGUUCGUAGAGCAUGGCGUUUCCAACGCCAGGGUUGUGGGUUCUAUUCCCACGGGGGGUAUGAAAAAUUAAAAACAGAAUGUUACUCACUAACUGUAAGUCGCUCUGGAUAAGAGCGUCUGCUAAAUGACUAAAAUGUAAAAAUGUUUUGUGGGAGGCAGUUGUUGACGUGUUCAGAGGGUCCGUGGUCCGAACCCAGGUUGGGGCGAGGAGAGGGACGGAAGCAAGACUGUUACAUUGAUGCUGUUACAUUGAUGCUGUUGACCCGGAUCACUGGUUGCUGUGGAGAACUAGGAGGUCAAUGGGGGGGUGAGUGUAACCGGUGUGAAACGGCUAGCUAGUUAGCGGUGCACGCUAGUAGCAUUUCAAUCGGUGAUGUCACUCGCUCUGAGACCUUGAAGUAGUUGUUUCCCUUCCUCUGCAAGGCUUUUGUGGAGCGAUAGGUAACGAUGCUUCGUGGGAGGCAGUUGUUGAGCUACUCCAGGAAGUGACGUUGCAGGCUAGCUCAGUGUUGCCCCUUCAAAUUGAAGGCCGACCGGGGUUCUGCAGGCUGCCAUUAGCAACUAAAUUAUCCUUAUAACGUAUUCAGUGUGCGAUUUUAAAAUAAUUGGUUCAAGGACAUACAUCUGGUGUAAUAGAAGCAAUUAUUGGUACCAUGAUUGUCUUUGAUUUAUAGAUUUUUGUACACAAAGAUUGGCCACAAAUAUUGCCAGUGUAUCGUUUGUAUUUGAAAAAUUGUUGUGUAUGAAACUUAAGUUCCAAAUGUUUCCAAAACCGUAUCGCAAGCGUUUUAGACAGAGCGUUUGGGCAGCGUCUGAGUGUCUGGGUUUUUGCGUCUGACGGCAUAUAGGACCGUGGAAUGACCCAAUGUAAUGCAAUGUAGUUGGAGUCAUGAUAAGGACAAUAGUAGGCCUAACAUAAUCUAGGAGGAGGUAAUAUGCUAAAAAAAAAAAAAAUCCAAUUUUAUGUCGGCAGCAUUUGUAUAGGGUAACUCUAUUCCUCUGCUCCUCCCUUUACAGCUAUGUCCCAAGUUCCUCCACACAAACUCCACCAGCCACACCUGGCCCUUCAGCGCCAUCGCUGAACUAAUAGGUGAGUCAUCGUCAUUAGUCAUAUUGUCCAAUCACAAAACCAGUGUUUUCCAACCUUUUUUAACCCAGGCACACCUUGAUGGGAUAAACAAAUUCUAAGGCACACCUUAAAAGUCCCAAUUAAUUAAUUAAUUAAUUGGUAAUGACCUCCCUGCAAACAAUAAUGAGUCGUUAGGAAAUGGUCGCCUAAAGUCGUCAGGACGUUGUGUUAUGGUCCCCUGGAAGUUUUGUCUAUUUCCAGCUUGGUCCCUAGGAUGUUCUUGGGACGUUGUGUCAUGGUCCCCUUGUGGGUUUGUCUAGUUCCUGGUUGGUCCCGGGAUGUCAUCGAGGACGUUCUUGGGAUGUUGUCAUUGUCCCCUGAAGGUCCACCGAAUGUUCUUUGGAAGUUGUCAUGGACCCCUGGAGGUUUUUGCCUUGUUCCCGGUUUGUCCCAGGGACGUCGCCUGAUGGUCGCAAAAAUGAAAUCAAUGAGAGAAUAGUCUGAUUAACUAAUAACUAAAAAAUUAACUAAAAAACUUUCUGUGUCCCUGUAUCUCACACUCUUGACUUCUUUCCAUACCCCUCACUUUUCCUAACCCAUCACACUAUUUCUCUGUAUUUUUACCUCUACCUUGGAUUCAAGCCUACUCCAGACAGAAUAAUGGAGAGAGGGGGAGCUAGACAAUAAAAGAUAGUAGUACAAAGAUGUCGGUAGGGAGGAAAAUUGAAAAAGAGAUGGCUGAAUUGAUAGAGGGAUUGAUUUGAAGAUAGUUGGGGAGAGUGGGAGACCAGACCACAUGUUUGUGUUAGCCUAAUGUCAGUGUCAUGAGGAUGUAGCAUCUGUAGAAGAGGCUGGGGUUGCAUCCUCCGUGACAGCUGUCCCAGGCAGGCUGUUCUAAAGGAGAAAACACGUUGCACCGAAUGACGGUCUGCCUUUCGUUCGCCGUUCGUUCAGCGGGGUGUGAUUAAGGGACCAACCGCCGGUAGGCAUCAACAUUUUUCAGCCGUUUCUACAUGAAGAAUCGGUUUGCACUCAAUAUGCAAAUUAGCGCCAUCACUCUGUUCAAAGGUAUGUACUCUCAGCCUGCAAACGCUACCAGUGUGUCCAAGCCUUAAUGGUCCACAUUGCACAAGCAACAAAGGGAGACAUGAUCUAUCUAUCACACUUUACAUUACACCAUUUUGAAUGUUGAAUUUCUGGGGCGUCUAAAACCCUGGUGGUGUGGUAGUUUUCCACAGCAGUAGCAACACAGCUGGCAGAUGGAGGGUUUGGCUUGGACUGCUAUGCAGGUUUAGCGUGGAUGUGUCGGCUUGGCCAUAGUCUUGUUCUCCAUUGAAAAGCAAUAAUGAGGUGGCAUGGGUGGUCUAGUAUAGGGUUUUAUAAACUACACUAUGAAAGGGACUGGUUAUUUGCAUAGCAAAGUACUAUAAUAGCAAUACUCUUGUGUCAAAAAGUAAUUUUCAUUGUAUACUGUGUAUGCAUCUAUGCUUACAUCCUCUAUCUCUAUAUCUAUAUCUUUCACCAGACAAUGCCUAUGAUCCUGAUGUCAACGCCAUGCAGUUCUGGAUUGAUAAGACCCAGAUCAAAGGUCAAGACUGCCUCAUCUUCAUGGACAAUGGAAAUGGAUUGGACUAUGAAAAGAUGCACAAGAUGCUCAGGUAGGGACAGUUUUUCAACGACUACCACUACUUUAGCAGGGUGAAUCAGGUUAGAUAUAGACAAAAGUCCUGCAGAGACCACUCCCUUGGGACCAUCACGAGACGUCCUGACCACUGGUACAUUGAUGAAUGUUCUGAGAACAUCCUAAAAACGCUCUGACCCGGUCCUCAGUAACGUCCAGGGAACUAGGCAAAAGUCCCUUAGAGAAUGUUCCCUUAGGACAAUUAUGUUUAUGUUUUAAAGACUGGAAAAACAAAUGUUCAGCGCAUGUCCUGAAAACAUCCUAAGAGAUGUCCCUGGAACAAACCAGGGACAAGUAAAACAUGUUAAUGUUCUUAUGCUAUGCUAUAAGAAUGCAAGUUUACGAUUGAUGUACACAAAAAUAGCAUGUUUCUCUCUUUUUCUCUUUCAGCUUCGGUUACAGUGAUAAGAAAGUCAUAUGUGGCAAGCACCCGAUUGGUCUCUAUGGUAACGGCUUCAAGUCCGGGUCCAUGCGUCUGGGGCGAGAUGCCAUCGUGUUCUCCAAGUUGCAAGACGGAGACACUAUGCAAGUAGGCAUGCUCUCCCAGAGCUACCUGGGACAGAUCAAAGCAGAUGAGAUCAUUGUGCCCAUCAUCUCCUUCCAAUGUGUCCCACACAGCCAGUAUAUCCUUUUAUAGAGAGACUAUAUACAUACAUACACACACAGUGCCCAAACUGUCAUCACCUUCAAACAGGUUGGAUUUAGAUGUACAUGUACAGUGUUAUUUUAUAGUGCCAACCUUAAAUACUGUUAGGUAUUUAGGUCUAUCUAUCUUUUGUGUUGUCCCUGUGUGUGUUGUCCUUGACUUCCGGUGCACUCUGUGUGAAUGAGAAGCACAAGGCUAGUCUGCAGGACAUCCUGCGCUACUCUCUCUUUAAUACGGAGAACGAGCUGCUCGAAGAGCUCGAAGCCAUCAGCUCCACAGGCUUCUCAGGAACACGCAUUAUCGUCUGGAACCUGCGCAGGUCAGACACACAUACACACAUGCAUUCUCUUCCCUUUCCAUCUCCCACAACUAUAGGGUUUCGCUAUGUGGAAUUUUACUUUCAAAUGUCACUUCUCCCUCUGCCUAUGUGAAUGCCCUUGGUAGAAUUUUAGGUUUCACUUCUGUUUUCCCCGUAAUCAAAACCUAAAAAUUCCACCAGUAGGGGCCCUUUUUGAAGUGUGGAGCAAGUACAACUGUUGAGUAAGAGCCUAUACAGUAAGUGUUUGUUUGUUAAUGUCCACAGGACGUUAACAGGACCAACAGAAUUUGAUUUCACAACAUCCAGCGACGACAUCAAAAUCCCGUUGGAUGUGUUAGAGAGCACCAGUGAGCAAUACAGACGGUCAGAGUUGCUCACAAAACCAGAGAGUUACUACUCGCUACGUGUAAGUGAUGACUGAGUAUACUUAUUAUAAUGUUAUAUUGAUUUACCAAACAGCAUUUUGCACAACAGAUCAUAUCUUGAGCUUGUAAGGUUGACUCAAAUACAGUGCCAGUGAAAGUCUACACACCCCUUGGACAGUCUUCACAUUUUGCUGCCUUUAAAAUUAAAUCUGAAAAGGGAUUAUUAUUUAGAUUUUCUUACUGAUCUACACAACCUCCUCCACAUUUUCAAAGUGAAAGAAAAUUAUAUACACUUUUCCAGAUUAACCCUAUAUGCAUAACCAUGCUAGCAAUUGAAAGGGAAAUGUUAGGAAAUUAUGGGUAAACUAUUAGACCAAAGGUGAGGACAUAGCUCACAAGACUGAAUUCAAACAUUACGCUUUAAACCUAAACUUAGAACGUACACUCUCAUCAAAGAAAACUACACACCUUUAACCAUGUCUGCCUGAACCUAACAAAAAGCUAAAGAUCAGUUUGUGCACAACUCAGAUCCGCUCCCUCCCUCUGGCUAUAGAGGUGGGUAGAUUUAAGCGUGCGUGAAGAGGAAAGAAUUUGCCUGCUGUGUGAUCUUGGGGAAAUCGAAAACAUUUUACAUUUACAUUUACAUUUUAGUCAUUUAGCAGACGCUCUUAUCCAGAGCGACUUACAGUUAGUGAGUGCAUACGUUAUUUUUUGUAUUUUUCAUACUGGCCCCCCGUGGGAAUCAAACCCACAACCCUGGCGUUGCAAACGCCAUGCUCUACCAACUGAGCUACAUCCCUGCCGGCCAUUCCCUCCCCUACCCUGGACGACGCUGGGCCAAUUGUGCGCCGCCCCAUGGGAAAACAAAGUCCAUUUAGUGUUUUAUUGCUCUCUGUAUGACGAUCUGAGACGUUAUGUUGUUGUACCAUUUUUGUUGAUAACCCUGAAGUAUUCUGGUUACGGGACGAGCAGAGGCUUGAAUUUCGUUUCAGACAGGGCAUGCUUGAGAUUGCUCAGUUUCUUCACAAUGCCUGGAGGAGAAAUAGAAAUGUACUGUUUGUGUAGUGUGGCUAGAUGGUAGCUGUACUUGCCAUGAUCAUUGUAUGCAUGUCAUUUGUAAAAUGUUAUUUUGUUCUGUAGUGUCUUGAAAGACCAUGUGGGCUGGGCACCGGUAGGUGUAUGACACUUAAAUACAUAAUAUCAAUACACUGUUGAUUUUAUGUACAUUUUACAUUUACUGUACUUUUCGCCGCAUUUGUUGAUAACGAAAUCAGAAAAUACUUUUGAUACAUUGAGUAACAUGAUGAGAAUAUUCCUGGAAAAUGUGGUUUAGGUGCAAUAUAAGACAACAAAAAUGACGAGUUUGAGUGAGAGGGCAAAAACAAUGGAUAUACUGUACUUACUAUAUAUAUAUAUAUAUAUAUAUACAGUGGGGGGAAAAAAGUAUUUAGUCAGCCACCAAUUGUGCAAGUUCUCCCACUUAAAAAGAUGAGAGAGGCCUGUAAUUUUCAUCAUAGGUACACGUCAACUGUGACAGACAAAUUGAGAAAAAAUAAUCCAGAAAAUCACAUUGUAGGAUUUUGUAAUGAAUUUAUUUGCAAAUUAUGGUGGAAAAUAAGUAUUUGGCCACCUACAAACAAGCAAGAUUUCUGGCUCUCAGAGACCUGUAACUUCUUCUUUAAGAGGCUCCUCUGUCCUCCACUCGUUACCUGUAUUAAUGGCACCUGUUUGAACUUGUUAUCAGUAUAAAAGACACCUGUCCACAACCUCAAACAGUCACACUCCAAACUCCACUAUGGCCAAGACCAAAGAGCUGUCAAAGGACACCAGAAACUAAAUUGUAGACCUGCACCAGGCUGGGAAGACUGAAUCUGCAAUAGGUAAGCAGCUUGGUUUGAAGAAAUCAACUGUGGGAGCAAUUAUUAGGAAAUGGAAGACAUACAAGACCACUGAUAAUCUCCCUCGAUCUGGGGCUCCACGCAAGAUCUCACCCCAUGGGGUCAAAAUGAUCACAAGAACCAAAAAUCCCAGAACCACACGGGGGGACCUAGUGAAUGACCUGCAGAGAGCUGGGACCAAAGUAACAAAGCCUACCAUCAGUAACACACUACGCCGCCAGGGACUCAAAUCCUGCAGUGCCAGACGUGUCCCCCUGCUUAAGCCAGUACAUGUCCAGGCCCGUCUGAAGUUUGCUAGAGUGCAUUUGGAUGAUCCAGAAGAGGAUUGGGAGAAUGUCAUAUGGUCAGAUGAAACCAAAAUUUAACUUUUUGGUAAAAAUUCAACUCGUCGUGUUUGGAGGACAAAGAAUGCUGAGUUGCAUCCAAAGAACACCAUACCUACUGUGAAGCAUGGGGGUGGAAACAUCAUGCUUUGGGGCUGUUUUUCUGCAACGAGACCAGGACGACUGAUCCGUGUAAAGGAAAGAAUGAAUGGGGCCAUGUAUCGUGAGAUUUUGAGUGAAAACCUCCUUCCAUCAGCAAGGGCAUUGAAGAUUAAACGUGGCUGGGUCUUUCAGCAUGACAAUGAUCCCAAACACACCGCACGGGCAACGAAGGAGUGGCUUCGUAAGAAGCAUUUCAAGGUCCUGGAGUGGCCUAGCCAGUCUCCAGAUCUCAACCCCAUAGAACAUCUUUGGAGGGAGUUGAAAGUCCGUGUUGCCCAGCGACAGCCCCAAAACAUCACUGCUCUAGAGGAGAUCUGCAUGGAGGAAUGGGCCAAAAUACCAGCAACAGUGUGUGAAAACCUUGUGAAGACUUACAGAAAACGUUUGACCUGUGUCAUUGCCAUCAAAGGGUAUAUAACAAAGUAUUGAGAAACGUUUGUUAUUGACCAAAUACUUAUUUUCCACCAUAAUUUGCAAAUAAAUUCAUAAAAAAUCCUACAAUGUGAUUUUCUGAUUUUUUUUUCUCAUUUUGUCUGUCAUAGUUGACGUGUACCUAUGAUGAAAAUAACAGGCCUCUCUCAUCUUUUUAAGUGGGAGAACUUGCACAAUUGGUGGCUGACUAAAUACUUUUUUCCCCCACUGUAUACUACCAGUCAAAAGUUUGGAGAAACCUACUCAUUUAAGGGUUAUUCUUUAUUUUUACUAUUUUUUACAUUGUAGAAUAAUAGUGAAGACAUCGAAACUAUGAAAUAACAAAUGGAAUCAUGUAGUAACCAAAAAAGUGUUAAACAAAUCAAAAUAUAUUUUAUAUUUGAGAUUCUUCAAAGUAGCCACCCUUUGCCUUGAUGACAGCUUUGCACACUCUUUGCAUUCUCUCAACCAGCUUUAUGAGGUAGUCACCUGGAAUGCAUUUCAAUUAACAGGUGUACCUUCUUAAUAGUUAUUUUGUGUGUUUGAGCCAAUCACUUGUGUUGUGACAAGUUGGGGGUGUAUACAGAAGAUAGCCCUAUUUUGUAAAAUACCAAGUCCAUAUUAUGGCAAGAACAGCUCAAAUAAGCAAAGAGAAUUGUCAGUCCAUAAUUACUUUAAGACAUGAAGGUCAGUCAAUACGGAACAUUUCAAGAACUUUGAAAGUGUUUCUUGGCCCAAGCAAGUCAAUUCUUCUUAUUGGUGUCCUUUAGUAGUGGUUUCUUUGCAGCAAUUCGACCAUGAAGGCCUGAUUCACACAGUCUCCUCUGAACAGUUGAUGUUGAGAUGUGUCUGAUACUUGAACUUUGAAGCAUUUAUUUGGGCUGCAAUUUCUGAGGUUGGUAACUCUAAUGAACCUAUCCUCUGCAGCAGAGGUAACUCUGGGUCUUCCAUUCCUGUGGCGGUCCUCAUGAGAGCCAGUUUCAUCAUAGCGCUUGAUGGUUUUUGUGACUGCACUUUCAAAGUUCUUGUAAUGUUCCGUAUUAACUGACCUUCAUGUCUUAAAGUAAUGAUGGACUGUCGUUUUGCUUUGCUUAUUUGAGGUAUUCUUGCAAUAAUAUGGACUUGGUCUUUUACCAAAUAGGGCUAUCUUCUGUAUACCCCCCUACCUUGUCACAACACGACUGAUUGGCUCAAACGCAUUAAGAAGGAAAGAAAUUCCACAAAUUAACUUUUAAGAAGGCACUCCUGUUAAUUGAAAUGCAUUCCAGGUGACUUCCUCAUGAAGCUGGUUGAGAGAAUGCCAAGAGUGUGCAAAGUUGUCAUCAAGGUAAAGGGUGGCUAUUUGAAGAAUCUCAAAUAUAAAAUAUAUAUUUGUUUAACACUCUUUUUAGUUUUGAUGUCUUCACUAUUAUUCUACAAUGUAGAAAAUAGUAAAAAAUUAAGAAAAACCCUUGAAUGAGUAGGUGUUCUAAAACGUUUGACUGUGUGUGUGCGUGUGUAUGAACAGCCAGCAAGCAAGCAUUCUGAAAGUAUUCAAACCCCUUGACUUUUUCCACAUUUUGUUACAGCCUUAUUUUUAAAUGGAUUAAAUAAAUAAAAAUCCUCAUCAACCUGCACACAAUACCCCAUAAUGACAAAGCAAAAACAGGUUUUUAGAAAAUCUUGCAAAUGUAUUAAAAAUAGGAAACAGAUACCUUAUUUACAUAAGUAUUCAGAACGUUUGCUAAGAGACUCGAAAUUACACUCCGGUGCAUCCUGUUUACAUUGCUCAUCCUUGAGAUGUUUCUACAACUGGAUUGGAGUCCACCUGUGGUAAAUUCAAUUGAUUGGACAUGACUUGGAAAGGCACACAUCUGUCUAUAUAAUGUUCCACAGUUGACAGUGUAUGUCAGAGCAAAAACCAAGCCAUGAAGUCGAAGUAAUUGUCCAUAGAGCUCCGAGACAGGAUUGUGUGGAGGCACAGAUCUGGGGAAGAGUACCAAAACAUUUCUGCAGCAUUGAAUGUCCCCAAGACACCGUGGCCUCCAUCAUUCUUAAAUGGAAGAAUUUGGAACCACCAAGACUCUUCCUAGAGCUGGCCACUCAGCCAAGUUAAGCAAUCGGGGGAGAAGGGCCUUGGUCAGAGUUCCUCUGUGGAUAUUGGAGAACCUUCCAGAAGGACAACAAUCUCUGCAGCACUCCACCAAUCAGGCCUUUAUGGUAGUGGCCAGACGGAAGCCACUCCUUAGUAGAAGGCACAUGACAGCCCGCUUGGACUGUGCCAAAAGGCACCUAAAGGAAUCAGACCAUGAGAAACAAGAUUCUCUAGUCUGAAACCAAGAUUGAACUCUUUGGCCUGAAUGCCAAGCGUCACGUCUGGAGGAAAUCUGGCACCAUCUCUACGGUGAAGCAUGGUGGUGGCAGCAUGCUGUGGGGAUGUUUUUCAGCGGCAGGGACUGGGAGACUAGUCAGGAUUGAGAUCCUUGAUGAAAACUUGCUCCAGAGCGCUCAGGACCUCAGACUGGGGCGAAGUUUCACCUUCCAACAGGACAAAGACCCUAAGCACAGAGCCAAGACAACGCAGGAGUGGCUUCGGGACAAGUCUCUGAAUGUCCAUGAGUGGCCCAGCCAGAGCCCGGACUUGAACCCGAUCAAACAUCUCUGGAGAGAUCUGAAAAUAGCUGUGCAGCGAUGCUCCCCAUCCAACCUGACAGAGCUUGAGAAGAUCUGUGGCGUUGGGCGGCUGCUGAUUCGAAUCCCCAAGCUGACAAGUUAAACAUUUGUCGUUCUGCCCCUGAGCAAAGCAGUUAACCCACUGUUCCCCGAGCGCCGAAGACGUGGUGGUUGAUUUUAAGGCAGCCCUCCGCACCUCUCUGAUUCAGAGGGUUUGGGUUAAAUGCAGAAGACACACUUCAGUUGAAUGCAUUCAGUUUUACAACUGACUAGGUAUCCCCCUUUCCCUGAGAAGAAUAGGUGUGCCAAGCUUGUAGUUUCAUACCCAAGAAGACUCCAGGCUGUAAUCUCUGCCAAAGGUGCUUCAACAAAGUACUGAGUAAAGGGUCUGAGUACUUAUUAUGUAAAUGUGAUCUUUUUUAAAUAUUUCUUUUAUAUACAUUUGCACAAAUUUCUAAAAACCUGUUUUUGCUUCGUCAUUAUGGGGUAUUGUGUGUAGAUUGAUGAUGAAAAGCAAUAAUUUAAUCAAUUUUAGAAUAAGACUAACGUAACAAAAUGUGGAAAAAGUCAAGGGGUCUGAAUACUUUCCGAAUGCACUGUAUGUACUUCUAUAUGUUUCCCUAAGAGUUGUGCAAGAUUGGUUGAAUCUUAUUUAAAAUUAUUUACAGCUGUAAUGGCUGCUAAAAGUACUUCCACCAAGUAUUCAUUCUGGGGUGUGAAGACAUGCAAUCAACACAUGUUCAUUUUUUAUUAAUUUGGAAAAUGUAGAGUAGGUUGUGUAGAUCCGUAGCAAAAAAAUAUCUAAUUUAAUCCCUUUUCAUUUAAUUCUAAGGCAUUGUGAAGACUAUGCAAGGUGUGUGAACCUUAUCCUUUGACAGGUGUUAUCAUUUUGUAUGUGUGAAAUAUUUCAUACUUUGUUUGUUUAUCAAUGUGUUUUUGUGUGCUCAGGCAUACUGCAGGAUUCUGUACCUGAAGCCCCGGAUGCAGAUCAUCAUUCGAGGGCAGAAAGUGAAGACUGAGCUCAUCUCCAAGAGCCUGGCCUACAUCGCUAAGGACCAUUACAAGCCCAACUUUGUGGUAUCCUUCCUCACCCUGGAGCCUCUGUGGAUGGCUUUAGUGUGUGCGCGUGCGCAUGUUGUCACAUCCUCGAGACAAUACUUUUGUUUACAUUUGGAGGGAAAAUAGUAAUAGGCAAAUAUGGGUACUAUGCUCUAUAUACAUGACAUACCAUCAGUCACUGCCAUAGACGAAACACUUUAGAAGUUUGCAAUAAUCAGUUACCUAUCUUUAGCUAAUAUUAGUUCAAUGCAUUCCAUAGUUAGAUGUUCAGGUACAACACAGUGAUACAAUAUGGUAUUUUUCAUAAAGGGAAAAGUAUAUUUGCCACUGCUCUCCAUCCUGUUUGAGUUGUCCUUAAGUCCUAUACCAGAACAGCCGCAUCCCCAUCACCUUUGGUUACAACACCAAGAGCAAGGACCAAUACGGCAUCAUGAUGUACCACAAGAACCGCCUUAUCAAAGCCUAUGAGCGAGUUGGCGUUCAACUCAAGGUAGAAUAG